AUGGAGCCAGAGCCCCCGGCCGAGCUCACAGCGAUGCCCCUCGGGGAGAAUGGGAGUGUCCGCCUGGUGCCCGACACAGCCCUGCUGUCCCCGGGGAGACGCACGGCCAUGUUCAUCAUCCGCUGUGUGAUCCCUUCUCUUUACCUGCUCAUCAUCACUGUCGGCUUGCUGGGCAACAUCACCCUCAUGAAGAUCUUCAUUUCCAGCAGCGCCUUGAGAAGUGUGCCCAACAUCUUCAUCUCCAGCCUCGCUGCUGGUGAUCUGCUCCUGCUAGUGACCUGUGUGCCUGUGGAUGCCUCCCGGUAUUUCUCUGAAGAGUGGCUCUUUGGAGAAGUGGGCUGCAAGCUCAUCCCUGUCAUCCAGCUGACUUCUGUUGGUGUCUCUGUCUUCACCCUCACCGCCCUCAGUGCUGACAGGUAUAAAGCAAUUGUAAAUCCCAUGGACAUCCAGACCUCCAGUGCAGUGCUAUGGACCUGUCUCAAAGCCACUGCCAUCUGGGUAAUCUCCAUGCUCCUGGCAGUUCCUGAAGCAGUGUUCUCUGAACUGGCUCAUAUCAAUGACACAGAUAAUGCCACCUUCACAGCGUGCAUACCAUACCCCAUGACAGAUGACAUGCAUCCGAAGAUCCAUUCUGUGCUGCUUUUCCUAGUGUAUUUCCUUGUCCCUCUUGUAAUUAUCAGUAUCUACUACUAUCAUAUUGCAAAGAGUUUAAUAAAAAGUGCUCACAACAUCCCUGGGGAACACAGUGAGCAUUCCAAAAGGCAGAUGGAAACUCGGAAGCGUCUGGCAAAAAUUGUUUUAGUUUUCGUUGGCUUCUUUGCUAUCUGCUGGUUUCCUAACCACGUGCUAUACAUGUACAGAUCUUUUCAUUACGAUAAGAUUGAUCCAUCGAUGGGACAUAUGGUUGUUACCUUAGUGGCCCGAGUACUAAGCUUCUGCAACUCUUGUGUCAACCCAUUUGCACUCUAUUUCCUCAGUGAGAGUUUUAGAAGACAUUUCAACAACCAGCUCCGCUGCAGGAAGAAAGCUCAGAAAGAGAGAUCUGCCAGCUACUUGUGCAACUCUUCUGCCAUUCAAAUGACUUCCCUGAAAAGCAAUACCAGGAACACAGUAACUACCAUGACACAACUGAAUGGGCACAACUUGAAACAAGAAAUGUCAUUAUGA